AUGGCAGACCGGCACAGCGACUCCGUUAAGGAGAAACUUUCUCUCAGCCUGGAUGAGAUCAUAGCGCUGAAUAACAAGCAGCAGAAGCAGCAGCAGCAGCAACAGCAGCAGAAGCAGCAGAAGCAGCAGCAGCAAGGCAGCCCCCAGCCAGCAGCAGGAGGCCCUCAGAGACGCAGACGAAAUAACUCUGCUGCUGCUGCUCCGUUUACAAACCGAGGCUUCGCCCAUCCUUAUCAGCACAAUGGCGUGCCGGCAGUCGGGUACUCUGUCAAGGUUAUAGGUCUCCCCACUGGGUUACCUUGGCCUCGGGUGGAAGGAAUGGUGCGGCGGUCCUUCGGCCAUUGCGGCGGCAUCAUAGCAGUCGUACCUAGAAGAGACGGCGAGGCGUGGAUUCAGUUUGACGACGUCUCUGCAUGUCGCAUUGCGCUCUCUGAUAUGCAAAAUGCCAAAGUCGGCGGCCAGUCUAUCGUAGUCGAAAGAGGUAACCGUGUAUCAACGGGGGUUUGGGGUUUAGGCGAGAGUAGCAGCAGAAGCUCUUUUGCUGCCUAUUCUUCUUCUGCUGCUGCUGCUGCUGCUGCCUAUUCAAACCCCUGGAGGUCUCUACCACUACCCUCUCCUUUCGACAGCGAGCAUGUCUCUCCGAUGCAGCCUCUACCCCCAUCCGGGGCUACAGUAAUAGUAUCGAACGUCCCUUUAGAGUUAACCCCGGAGGAAAUAAGCGGUGCAUUUGCAUGCGUAGGAGAAGUUGUUGGAUGCGAGUUGCUGCUGAACUCUUCGGGUGUACACACAGGUAGAGUUGCUGUUGCAUUUGUUAAGCGUGCUCAAGCAUUAGAAGCAGUUAGGCGCUUCGAUGGGGGCGACUUAAAUGGGAAGGUUAUAAGAGUCUUCUUAGAGUAA